CGUCGACUGAGUUGCCAUGGCGGGGCGCGGCGGAAUGAUUCGCCGACGACACCCAAAAUUUCGAGCUUGCCAUAAACGCAUCGCACGACUUAUAUCCACCAUCGAAAUCCAUCUCGACGAACGACGCUCCAAGGCGACUCGCCUCGCCUCCAAUUCCGCCCCAAACGUCCACCGCGCCAUAUAAGCACCCACCUUCAUCGCUACCGAACCAAUCCAUCCACCACCCCGAAUCCCCGUCCUUCUUCAGCAACCACCGCCAUGGGCGGCAGACAGAUCCGCCCCGCGGGGGUCUACAAGGCCGUUGCCCAAGAGCUCAAGCACGCCCCGAUGCCAGGCUACGCCGUGCCGCCGCCGCCGUGGUUCGCGGUGAUGAACUCUGUGCCGCCCUCGGAGACGCUCGUCCGCACCGUCACGCCGCGCCACCGCAUGCCCAGCCCCAAAAAGGCGGCCAAGGGCAGCACCGGCAAGCCCAAGAAGCUGUUCCGCCCGCAGAGCAUCGCGUACCCGGAGGACGCGCUGCGGACGAGCUUCUACAAGGACCACCCGUGGGAGCUGGCGCGGCCGAGGGUCGUGCUGGAGCUGGACGGCAAGGAUUAUCAGAGGUGUGAUUGGGGCAAGGGGCUGCGGCAGCCGGGGAUUCCUUUGACGGGCGAGAGUGUUGUGCAACGCCAGCUGUGGUUGAUGGAAAACGAAUUGGUAGACGGCGUCAAGAUGAGCAAGCGCAAGGCAUACGACAUCGUCCGCCGCGAGUUCUACAGGCUGCGCCAGGAGGAAGAGGUCGAGAAGAGGAUAGCGGUCGAGGAGGCGCGCUACGUCGGCGCCUACUUUGGCAAGACGAGGCUCGAGGUGGGCAUGCAGCUCGAGGACCAAGAGUACGAGAACUGGAAGAUCUGGGCCGGCAAGGAGACGGCGAACCGGGAGGCGAGGGCGAGCUCGGAGAUUGAGACGUUUGGGUUGGAGGAGGAGGACGAUGCUGCGCUGGAGACGGCGGAGGCGCAGCCUGUGCCCGUGGCGGCGUAGAAAGUUGGUAACGUGGAUUGGGGUAGGUUUUUGUAUUAUAUGAUGUGUACGAAGGUUUAUAUCAGGGACAUGGUUUAUCAAAAGAGGUAAAAACAAGGUCUGUUAGCAUUUGGCAGGGCUGGGUUCUAUGUCAUCCAAGCGGCGAGAAUUAAAGACAAUCUCUCCCGCAUUCUGCACGCCGUACCGCGUCGCCACCUCUUGAUGCUGCGUGACAAAGACGUCCGCGAUGCCCGUGUAGAGCAGCAGCUUCCCCGUCAAGCUCAGCGUGGAAAUGCGCGCCCAGGACUCGAUGUAGAUGACCUUGCAGCAGCUCUCGGGCACGACGUACAGCAUCUUCAGCAGAUGCACCGCCAGCGCGACGAAGA